AAAGAGAGCAGCACCAAUAGCAACAAUUACACACACGCCAGUGAAGCUUUUUCAUUCCCCCUCCCCGCUUUGUAUAUGUGUAUUUUGACUUUUUUUGGGAUACGUUGCAUUUAUGGUCACACUGCAAAAUGGCGAUGAACAAUCGAGUGCGAAUUGUUGUGGUUGGCGAUUCGGGUGUGGGCAAGACCUGCCUGACGCACCUGAUCGCUCACAACGAGUCUCUGAUCCGCCCCGGAUGGACUGUGGGCUGCAAUAUCCAGGUGAAGAUUCAUGAGUUCAAGGAGGGCACCGCCCGCCAAUGUCCCUACUUUGUAGAGCUUUUUGAUGUUGGUGGAUCCUUGAGCCAUAAGAACACCCGAAGCGUCUUCUAUACGGGCGUCCAUGGGAUUAUCCUAGUCCAUGACCUUACCAAUGGCAAGUCUCAGGAGCAGCUGCUCGAUUGGCUGUACGAAAUCGUAAACAAGGAAGGCAAGGACACGUACAAGUCUCGUGGAAAUUCCCUGCCACCAUCGCCACCGGCUCCGUUAAGUAGCUUCUCGUCGAACACUUCCGGCACGGACGGGCACAUCCGAUUUGACAUGGAGGAGUUUUUGGGUGCCACACAAACGCCUAUUCUAGUCAUGGGUACAAAGCUAGAUCUCAUUGAUGAGAAGCGAAAUCCCAAGACGGCUGUGAAGAAGGCCGGAGGAAUAGCCGAUAAAUGUGGAGCCGAGGAGAUCUGGCUAAAUUGCCGGGACAACCGUAGUCUGGCUGCUGGAACCACCGAUGCCGUGAAACUUUCUCGUUUCUUCGACUGUGUGAUUGAAAAACGCGAAUCCUUGGGCGGUACUAGUAGCCACGUUUUCGGAAUGGGUAGCUAUACUGCCGGCAGUCCACCGGAUAGACGACGUUAUGGCCCGACAAGUGGAAAACUGGAACCGAGCGCAGUUCCUCUUCUGGAGACCAACGACCUCAAGUGAUUAAUGCAUUCAAUGUUAGAUUUAAGUCAGGUUGUAUAUAUUGUACGAGUAUCAUUAAAAACUAAAUGCAAUAUUUA